AAAAUGGAACAAAUUUAACCCAUUUGCACAACUCCAGCCUUCAGUGAGUAGGUAGAAAUUCUCUCGCCUGCCCUCCCCAUGCAAUCCCCCUCUCCCUGAAACCCCUAGCGCUCUAUUUGUUGUGACGACGGGGAACGGUCUUUUUUGUUAGUGACAUUUGGAAUCGGAAAAAGGAGAAAGUAUCGCGCCCACCAAAGGUGUACGAGGAGGGGCCCUGUAUCCCUGGUUAUCCUUAUCAUCAACAGAAGCAGCAAGUGCGUAUCGUACAGUUUCUGGAAGGUGUUAGGAAAACAUGACAUCACACCCACCGCCCGCCACCUACGUCGACGAUUGAUACGUUGGCCGGACAGCGGAAACCAGCGGCGAGAGAGUUUUUUGUUGUUGUGAAUGUGUGUGCAUGUGUGUGUGCCCGCGGGUGUGUUUAGUGAAGCGGUGUGAAAACAACGGAAUUUACACGGCAGAUAAAGGCAAGGAGAAAUCUAGACCGAAGCGCGCGGUAGAUGCGGACUUUGGGUGGGUUUGCGCGAGUGCCGAAGCGGGAUUAUUGUUUUUAACGAAAAGUAGUAGUACAACACGGUGCGGGCGCUACCGGAGCUUCGGGGGAGUACUUGUUGCUGCUAUAUUGCCACUUGCCACUUUACUUUGCGUUCGUGACGUGGCUGCACUAACUUGGGCAAGGCAUGCCCAACGGGACGAAUGUGGACUGGUCCAGGUAUGGGCUUGGUAGCGAUGAUUCAUCGCCGACCGAACGGAACCGUGUGCACGGCCAGCGGUCCGGCGGGGGCGGCGGCGGCUUCGUUGAUCUGGGCAACGAGUACGACUACGGUGCCGGCGGGCAUCACGCGUCCGGGCGGGAUGAAAUCUUCGCCGAGGAUCAGGGCGACAAGCCGUGGUGGAGGAGCAACUUCUUCAUCUCGCAGCCGGUGCUGUUUGGCACGUGGGACGGCGUGUUUACCUCCUGCCUGAUCAACAUCUUCGGCGUGAUCGUGUUCCUGCGGUCCGGCUGGAUCGUGGCCGAGGCGGGCAUCAUGCAUGCCAUCCUGAUCGUGUUUUGUGCGGUCGGCAUCGCGCUCGUGUCCGUACUGUCGGCCGUCGGUAUCUGCGAACGGUGCAGGGUGGAGAGCGGAGGCGUCUACUUCCUGAUUGCCCACACGCUCGGCUCGCGGUUCGGUGGCUCGCUCGGGCUGCUGUACUGCUUCGGGCAGGCCGUGGGCUGUGCGCUGAAUGUUCUCGGUUUCGGUGAAUCGAUCGCCGGGCUGGUCGGGCUGGAGGGCAACCAGUGGGCGAUUCGUGGCUUUGCCAUCGCCGCCGUCCUGCUGCUCGGCGUGAUCAAUGUGGCCGGCGUGAAGUGGGUCGUUAAGCUGCAGUUUGCGCUGCUGAUCGUGAUACUGAUGUCCGCGCUGGACUUUAUGGUGGGCAGCUUCAUCGGGGAAGCGCCCGAGCACGGUUUCGACGGGUGGGGAUCGGGCAACAUGGGACUGAACCUGUGGUCCGCCUACACGGAAGGCACCUCAUGGUUUACCGUGUUCGGUGUGUUCUUCCCGACCAUCACGGGCAUCCUUUCCGGCAUCAAUAUGAGCGGCGAUCUGCGCGCCCCAUCGACGGACAUCCCAAACGGUACGCUGGCCGCCCUCAGCACCUCCACGUUCCUGUACAUGGUGUUUAUACUGUUUCUUGGCGCGACGUGCCAGCGGAGCCACCUGCUGACGGACUACCAGAUUGCGGUGCAGGUGUCGGCGGUCGAGUUCCUGCUGCUGGCCGGCAUCUACGUGUCGAGCAUGUCGUCCUGCCUCGGCGCGAUGUACGGUACGCCGCGCGUGCUGCAAAGUAUCGCCAAUGAGAACGUCAUUCCCGGUAUCGGCAAGCUCGGCAAGGGACGCGGCCCGAACAAGGUGCCGCUGUACGCGAUGGCGGUAGUGGCCGGUGUCACGACCACGUUCAUCAUUAUCGGCGACAUUAACACGCUGGCCCCGAUCGUCACGAUGCCGUUCCUGUUGACGUACGCCUGCAUCGACUACUCGUACUUUGCACUGGCGCAAACGUUCGACAUACAGAACAACCGCGAGGAGCGGUUCCGGAUACAGGCGCAGAGUCCGCUGUACGAGACCCGCAACUACGGCGCGACGGGCGACUAUCACGAAAACAACGAUCUCGAUCAGCUGUUCCCCGAGCGGACGCGUCACAAAAAUCUAGGUACCCCGUCCAACUCACCACAACAUGUGCCUUCAAAUGCGGCAACCAGCGCACGACCACAGCAACCAAAUGGAAUACCUCACAGCUCGUCGAUUACCAGCGCCGAUUCGGAAGUGGUGUUCCGCGAUGGCACCAACAGUGCGAACAAUGCCAACUCCGUGGGCGAAGCGGACGACGAGCCUAUCGCACCGAUUCGACCACCCAUUCACUCCAAGACUAAAAACUGGUACUCCGGUUUCUGCAAUCGGUGGGCCUCUUUAAUUGGGGCUGGCAUAAAAAUUCUCGUCAUGCUGCUAGUAAGCUGGGUGUACGCACUGAUCUGCAUCGGGACCGUAUUUAUCGUCUGGUUCUAUGUCGGUACGGCGAAUCCAGCAGUGAAGCCGGGCCUGGCACAUGAGUUCCGCUUCUUUGUGUGGUUAAAAAAUGUCGUUUUCCGCUGCUUUGGAAAACGUAUGCACGAUUACGAACAGGUCGUAGUUACCCAAACCUGCCCGAACGUAAACCUCGCGUCUGCUCAACUGAACGAAGAAAAUGAAGACUUUGCCUCCCGGCGGCGAUACCAUCAGACUGCAGUCGUGCAGGGAAGGUACGUGGAUGAAGUGUGAACGGAAAAAAGUAGGCACAAAGUGGAGAGAGAUGUUAUUUGUAGGGAGGCAGCCAUUAGCAGCAGCACCCUCAAGAAGGCGCUUAUAACGCAAAAAAAAAAAACAAAUGAGAAACUCCUUUUACUAGCCACAGACCAGUAAGUACACGGUCUGCUCCGUUGUAAACGAUGUAACCCCCCCCCCCAAACCCUCGUUUUUGUGUAACCUACGUGUAACCCGCCGUAUAUGAUAAUCGAUCGCCAAAGUGUAUUGAUGAUGGAAAGCGCUGUGGAUGGAAAAGCGUAGAUUGGUUGUAAAUUCUCAAAGCGUCUCCACAAAAAAAAGUUCAAUGUAAAACAUAUUUAGUCCACUGUAUAGGAGAUUGUAACAAGCAAUAUCGAGCAUUACACAUCAAAAUGUCCAACGUAUCACUAACGCGCACGUACGCAACAAAUAACGGACAAAAUUGAUUAGAGAGAAAAGGGAAUGAUCAGUCAUCUAAACACAAGAAACCGUAGUAUAGGAUCAACAAAUGAAAUUAUGUGUACAUACGAAGAAGAAGGUAUCGUUGUUUCCUUCCCUAUUGUGUUGCAGCUUACAACUACUAGCGUAAGAAUUGUACAUUGAGUUUGUCCUUUUAAAUAACGCAUUUCCAGCUAAUUUAUUAACGUACCCUCCCGACGACCAGCGCAAACUAAUUCCCCUCGUCUAGUGCAGCAUUAAAAAUUACGUUCCAGUGAAAGCUAACGUUGAGAUUAGAACAAACUAUUAGUAACCUAUGUUUUGCCACUGGGCAGAUGGCGUAAUAGUGGCCAAACGUUUCAUUGUUUGGCAUACAGUAUUGCUUUUUCUUCUGGCACAUUGGCUUGCGAGUGCUCCUCACGAACUGCCCUGCCCUGUCGAUUCCAGGUAGAUAGACUGCUUAAAAAUCAAUCCAACCAUCCCCCGGGGGAAGCGUAUCGGUGGAACCAAUCUAAGAUAAGUA